UUGGACACCAAUGACAAGCCACCCUUCACUUCAGAGGAGGUGCCGGAACACUUGAGUCUAAUGAACCCUAACAAGGCCCCGGAGUUGGACAACCUAACCUCGGAUAUUUGUCUUCAGUUCGCUAAGAAUUACCCACAAUUAUUAACUGACAUACUGAACAGUUGCCUUGCGCUCCAGCAUUUUCCUGACUGCUGGAAGGUGGCUUAUGUCAAAAUCAUUCUUAAACCAAGCAAGAGUGACUACGGAGAAUUAAACUCUUGUCGUCCUAUUGGGCUGCUGCCUGUGUUUGGCAAACUACUGGAAAGACUUUUCAUCAAGCGCGUCACUUACUGGGCUGCUAACAACAGCCACAGCUGUCCACGGUUUGGUUUCCGUGAGCAAACCAAUUCGACCAUGGCCAUCGACACUGCGCUUGACGUAAUCCGUUGGGCUAAAGACAAUGGAGAACUGGUAAUUGCAUUAUCCUUGGACAUCCAAGCGGCUUUCGAUAACGCCUGGUGGCCGGCACUGUUCCACAGGCUGAGAACAAUUAAUUGCACACGCAACAUCUAUGGACUCAUUCGUAGUUACGCUCGGAAUCGCAUGACGACUCUUGAUCACGUCGAGGUCAGAGUCACCAAGACCAAGGGGUGCAUUCAGGGCUCUGCUUGCGGCCCGGUAUUGUGGAACAUCAUUCUCGAUGAACUGUUUGGUGCGGAACUUCCGGCAGGUUGCCAUAUUCAGGCAUAUGCAGAUGAUGUGUUUUAG